AGCUGACAAGGUGACAUCUCGAAGUAAAGAUUGGCACAGAACUUGUCUCAAAUGUGAGAAAUGCGGCAAAAUUGUUUCUACGGGAAGUCAUGGCGAGGUAUACGACAUUACUCGUUUUGAAAUGGAGAUUGGGUGUAUGGUGAGGUAUACUUGUAUGCAAGAGUGGGUGUUAUGGCGAGGUAAACAUGUAUGCAUUCGUGUUGAAAUUGGGAAUGGGUGUUAUGGCGAGGUAUUCAUGAAUGCAUUCGUGUUGAAAUUGGGAAUGGGUGUUAUGGCGAGGUAUACAUGUAUGCAUUCGUGUUGAAAUUUGGAAUGGGUGUUAUGGCGAGGUAUACAUGUAUGCAUUCGUGUUGAAAUUGGGAAUGGGUGUUAUGGCGAGGUAUACAUGUAUGCAUUCGUGUUGAAAUUUGGAAUGGGUGUUAUGGCGAGGUAUACAUGUAUGCAUUCGUGUUGAAAUGGGGAAUGGGUGUUAUGGCAAGGUAUACAUGUAUGCAUUCGUGUUGAAAUGGGGAAUGGGUGUUAUGGCAAGGUAUACAUGUAUGCUUGUAUGCAUUCGUGUUGAAAUGGAGAUUGGGUGUAUGGUGAGGUAUACAUGUAUGCAUUCGUAUUGAAAUGGAGAUUGGGUGUUAAGCUACGUUCACACCAACGGCGCUUUGAUGGCG